AUGGACUACUACUUUGGGUCCUACGCCGAGUCGGAGAUCCACGAGUCUAUGUUGAAGGACCGCACGAGGACGGAAGCGUACCGCGAUUUCAUCUACCACAACAAAGACUACUUCAAGGAUAAGAUCGUCCUGGAUGUGGGGUGCGGAACGGGGAUUUUGUCCAUGUUUGCGGCAAAGGCUGGCGCGAAGAAAGUGUUUGCGGUUGACAACUCAACGAUUAUCAACAAGGCGAAGCGGAUUGUGAAGGAUAAUGGAUUGGAUCAGAUCAUUACGUUCGUUCAGGGGAAGGUGGAAGAGAUCAGCCUUCCGGUGGAACAUGUCGAUAUUAUCAUUUCUGAGUGGAUGGGCUACUUCCUCCUCUACGAAGGCAUGCUCGACUCCGUCCUGCACGCGCGCGACCGCUGGCUCCGACCCAACACCGGUCUAAUGGCCCCCUCCCGCACCGACAUCCUCCUCACCGCCAUCCAAGACGAAGAAUGGAUCAAUGACAAAUACCACUUCUGGAACGAAGUCUACGGCUUCAACAUGGCCGUUAUGAAACGCGGCUUCCUCAACGACGGCUGCGUCGACCACUACGACCCGGACAUGAUCGUCGCGGACGUGCAGACCGUGAAACGCAUCGAUAUCGGAUCCACUACCGUCGCCGACCUCGAUUUCACCUCGCCUAUCACCCUCACGGCCACGAAAGACGCCCGCGUGAACGGGCUUCUAGGGUGGUUCGACACCUUCUUCACGGCGCGCGAUGAGGCUGGCAACGCGACAUCGUCCCCCGAGCAGAUCGAAGACGUCACCUUCUCCACAGGGCCGUACACGACCCCGACCCACUGGAAGCAGACCGCGUUCCCGUUCGAGCAUGCGUUGGAGGUGCGUAAGGGCGAGACCAUUUCGGGCACGUUUGAGUGCAGGAAACAUUCGGAUAACCAUCGUGAGUUGACGGUUAUCGUGGAUGUGUGUGUGAGGGAUGCGGAGGGAAGUGUGAGGGAUGGGAGUGCGGUUAGGAAGGAGUAUAUUGUUAGGUAG